AGAGGGGUUUAAGAUAGAGUAGUCGAGCUAUGGUGUUGCGCCAAUGCGUCUCGGCCCCGGCGGCGCUCGCUAAUCGCUCGCUCUUCCCUUCCAAGGACUGGCGCACUGCGCUCCAGAGGAGCGGGCGCGGCCAGCGCGGUUUCCAGUCGGCGGUAUGCGUCCACGGGCCAAUGCUGGGCAGGAUUCGCGCGAAUGCGACGAGGAAGAAGCCCGUGUCGAUCGAUUCUCUCAAGAACAAGAGCCCGCCGCCAGUGGUGAGCUUGACAGGAGUGUCGCCGCAUCCAAAUGUUUACAGGGAUUUCUCGGAUGGAGACGACGAGGCCGAGCCAGAGGGUAGCGUCAUCCAGCUCAAGAAAUCUCCCUCGAGCAAGAAGAAAUCCAAUGCCAGGCCCCCAAAGAAGGAGCUGCGAUUCAGUGACUCCGAGGAGGAGGAAGAAGAGAUCGAUGCUCAAGUAAGUGAUAGUGAUAAAGAGCUAGAAGAAGAAGAUGAUGAUCAAACCGGAGAGAUAUCGCGAAAACCAGUGCUCACACUUCCGCAAGAGAAAGACGUGGAGGAUCUCAUGAACAGCUCUCGAGCGAUUCUCUACGAGAGAUUCGUGUUCAAGCAUCUCGGAGAGAGGCCGACGAGGCAGCUGUUUGGAUCAAACAUCCACGUCCUGGCCAACGCGUCCCGGGUGAAGAUAAACUCGGUGGAGUUUAUCAAGAGCAGCGAUGGGAUCAAGGACUGUCCCAUGGAUGGUUUUCCAGAGGUGGCUUUCGUUGGGCGAUCCAAUGUCGGGAAGUCCUCGCUCGUGAAUCUUCUCAUGGAGAGGAAGAGCUUGGCUUUGGUGUCGAAGAAACCCGGGAAAACGCAGCUUAUCAACCAUUUUCUCGUCAACAAGCGAUGGUAUCUGGUGGAUUUACCGGGUUACGGUUUUGCAAGCGCUCCAAAAACUUUGUGUGUCAAGUGGAACGAAUUCACCAAGGAUUACUUCCUCAAGAGGAAGACGCUCGUCAUGGUUGUCCAGCUGAUCGACUCCUCCAUCCCCGUGCAGCAAAUCGACAUCGAUUGCGCGACUUGGCUCAAGCAACACAACAUCCCAUCGACGCUGGCUUUCACGAAGUGCGAUCGAAAGAAGAAGAAGAGGAAAACCGGAGGAAAGCAUCCGGUGGACAAUGUGGUGGAGUUCUUGCAGGAAAUGAGGCUGGUAACUACGCAAACUUACCCGUGGAUUUUGACGAGCUGCGUUACCGGGCAAGGCAGGGACGAGCUGAUGAUGCACAUAGAAGAGUUUCGAAAUUACUGGCACAGUUAAAAAGUAAAUCUUGGUUAAAACAGAGGGGUUUAAAAAACUAA